GGCUACAGCUACUCAUAGGGGCCAAGUUAUAUUCAAGGAUGCCUUAGCACAACAGCUGUGUGAACAGGGAGCCCCGACAGAAGCUCCCUUACAUCCUCACCUAGCUGAAAUGCACAGUGACAGCAUUAUCCUACGAGAUGACUUUGACUCUUACCAUCAGCAAGAAUUGAAUCCUACCAUGUGGUCUGAAUGCAGUAACUGCGAGGUUGGAGAGCAGUGUGGUGUGAUAAUGCACGGCAACGCCGUCACUUUCUGCGAGCCAUAUGGUCCCAGAGAACUGACCACCACUGGCCUUAACACAACUACUGCAUCCGUCCUUCAGUUUUCCCUUGGAUCGGGUUCAUGUCGCUUUAGUUACUCAGAUCCCAGCAUCACCGUGUCCUACAGUAAGAAUAGUUCUGCAGAUUGGACUCAGCUGGAGAAAAUUAGUGCCCCUUCCAAUGUCAGCACAAUCAUCCACAUUUUGUACCUUCCUGAAGAUGCUAAAGGGGAGAACAUCCAUUUUCAGUGGAAACAGGAUUAUGUCCAUGCUGGUGAUGUGUAUGAAGCCUGUUGGGCAUUGGACAACAUCCUGAUCAUAAAUGCUGCUCACAGGAAAGUUGUGUUAGAAGAUAAUCUUGAUCCUGUGGAUACUGGCAACUGGCUUUUCUUCCCUGGGGCCACAGUUAAGCAUAGCUGCCAGUCGGAUGGAAACUCCAUCUACUUCCACGGGACAGAGGGCAGUGAGUUCAAUUUCGCCACAACCCGAGAUGUGGACCUCUCCACGGAGGAUGCCCAGAAGCAGUGGGCAGAAGAGUUUGAGAGCCAGCCUAAAGGGUGGGACAUAUUUGGAGCUGUCAUUGGUACCGAAUGUGGAACACUGGAAUCUGGCUCAGCUAUGGUAUUUCUCAGAGAUGGAGAAAGAAAAAUAUGCACUCCAUACAUGGACAGUACAGGUUAUGGGAACUUACGAUUUUUUUUCAGUAUGGGGGGAACUUGUGAUUCUGGAGAAUCCCAUGAAAAUGAUGUCAUACUUUAUGCCAAGAUUGAAGGCAGGAGGGAACACAUACCUCUCGAUACCUUGACCUAUGCUGCUUACAAGGUUCCAUCUUUGGUUUCUGUUGUCAUUAGUCCGGACCUGCAGACUCCUGCAACCAAAUUUUGCCUGAAGCAAAAGAGUCACCAAGGCCACAACAGGAAUGUCUGGGCUGUGGAUUACUUCCACAUCCUUCCAGUGCUCCCUUCCACAGUGACUCAUAUGAUCCAGUUUUCCAUCAAUUUGGGUUGUGGAACUUAUCAACCUGGUAACAGUGUCAGCUUGGAGUUUUCAACCAACCAUGGUCGCUCUUGGUCCCUGCUCCAUACCGAGUGUUUGCCUGAGAUAUGUGCUGGGCCACACCUGCCCCACAGCACCGUCUACGCCUCUGAAAAUUACAGCGGGUGGAAUCGAAUAACUAUUCCCCUUCCCAACGCUGCAUUAACAAGUGACACCAGGAUUCGAUGGAGACAAACAGGACCAAUCCUCGGAAAUAUGUGGGCAAUUGAUAAUAUUUAUAUUGGUCCAUCUUGCCUCAAAUUCUGCUCAGGGCGAGGACAGUGUACUAGAAAUGGCUGCAAGUGCGACCCUGGCUUUUCAGGGCCUGCAUGUGAGAUGGCAUCGCAGACCUUCCCCGUGUUCAUCUCAGAGAGCUUCACCAGCUCCCGCCUCUCCUCCUACCACAAUUUUUACUCCAUCCGGGGGGCUGAGGUCAGCUUUGGUUGUGGGGUCCUGGCCAGUGGCAAGGCCCUGGUCUUCAACAAGGAUGGGAGGCGCCAGCUUAUCACAUCCUUCCUUGACAGCUCCCAGUCCAGGUUCCUGCAGUUCACACUGCGCCUGGGCAGCAAGUCAGUGCUGAGUACCUGCAAAGCACCCGACCAGCCUGGGGAAGGAGUGCUGCUGCACUACUCCUACGACAACGGGAUUACCUGGAAACUACUGGAACACUAUUCUUAUCUCAAUUACCACGAGCCAAGAAUAAUUUCAGUGGAGCUGCCUGAAGAUGCAAGACAGAUUGGCAUUCAGUUCAGAUGGUGGCAACCAUAUCACUCUUCUCAAGGCGAAGACGUGUGGGCAAUCGAUGAAAUCAUCAUGACCUCUGUGCUUUUCAAUAGCAUCAGUCUGGACUUCACCAACCUAGUUGAAGUCACACAGUCUCUGGGAUUCUACCUGGGAAAUGUCCAGCCCUACUGUGGACAUGACUGGACUCUUUGUUUUACAGGAGAUUCAAAGUUAGCUUCUAGCAUGCGCUAUGUGGAGACCCAGUCUAUGCAGAUCGGAGCUUCGUAUAUGAUACAGUUCAACUUGGUAAUGGGCUGUGGUCAGGCGUUUACUCCUCAUAUGGACAACCAGGUGAAACUGGACUACUCCACCAACCAUGGCCUGACAUGGCAUCUCGUUCAGGAGGAAUGUCUUCCCAGUAUGCCAAGCUGUCAAGAGUUUACAUCAGCAAGUAUUUACCACUCCAGUGAAUUUACUCAGUGGAGGAGAAUCACCGUCCUUUUACCACAGAAGACUUGGUCCAGCGCCACACGUUUCCGCUGGAGUCAGUGCUACUACACAGCCCAAGACGAAUGGGCCUUAGACAACAUCUACAUUGGACAGCAGUGUCCCAACAUGUGCAGCGGACACGGCUGGUGCGACCACGGUGUUUGCAGGUGUGACUCAGGGUUUCGGGGUACUGAAUGUCAGCCUGAAAAUCCCCUUCCUUCAACUAUCAUGUCUGAUUUUGAGAACCCAGAUAGCCUGAAGACAGAGUGGCAGGAAAUUAUAGGGGGAGAGAUCGUCAAGCCUGAAGAAGGCUGUGGGGUCAUCUCAUCUGGCUCCUCGCUCUACUUCAACAAGGCUGGAAAAAGACAGUUGGUAAGCUGGGAUUUGGACACGACCUGGGUGGACUUUGUCCAGUUUUACAUCCAGAUAGGAGGAGAAAGUUCUUCAUGUAAUAAACCAGACAGCAGAGAAGAAGGUGUGCUGCUGCAGUACAGCAAUAAUGGUGGUAUCAACUGGCAGCUACUAGCAGAAAUGUAUUUCUCUGACUUCAGCAAACCCAGGUUUGUCUAUCUGGAGCUGCCAGCUGCAGCCAAGACACCUUGCACCAGGUUUCGCUGGUGGCAGCCUGUGUUUUCAGGGGAAGGGUAUGAUCAAUGGGCCAUCGAUGACAUCAUCAUUUUGUCAGAGAAGCAGAAGCACAUCAUUCCUGUAGUUAAUCCCACUUUACCACAGAACUUUUACGAAAAGCCAGCAUUUGAUUACCCUAUGAACCAACUGAGCGUAUGGUUAAUGUUGGCCAAUGAAGGGAUGGCCAAAAAUGAAAGUUUCUGCUCUGCCACCCCCUCUGCCAUGCUCUUUGGUAAAUCAGAUGGAGACCGGUUUGCGGUUACUCGCGAUUUGACUCUGAAGCCUGGAUACGUCCUGCAGUUCAAGCUGAACAUUGGUUGCACCAACCAGUACAGCAGCUCUGCUCCCGUUCUGCUUCAGUACUCGCAUGAUGCUGGGCUUUUCUGGUCGCUCGUGAAGGAGGGCUGUUACCCUGCAUCUCCAGGCACAAAAGGAUGUGAAGGAAGCUCCCGGGAGCUGAGUGAGCCGACUGUGUAUCACACAGGAGACUUUGAGGACUGGACAAGAAUUACUAUUGUUAUCCCCAGGUCGCUUGCAGCCAGUAAGACUCGAUUCCGCUGGAUCCAGGAGAGCAGCUCCCACAAAAGUGUGCCUCCUUUUGGCUUAGACGGCGUUUACAUUUCUGAGCCUUGCCCCAACUACUGCAACGGUCACGGGGACUGCGUCUCGGGGGUCUGCUUCUGUGACCUGGGCUACACAGCGUCGCAUGGAACCUGUGUGUCUAAUGUGCCUAAUCACAGUGAGAUGUUCGACAGGUUUGAGAGGAAGCUAAGCCCUCUCUGGUACAAGAUAACAGGAGGUCAGGUUGGGACAGGCUGUGGCGUGCUCAGCGAUGGAAAAUCUCUAUACUUCAAUGGACCUGGCAAAAGGGAGGCGAGGACUGUUCCCCUGGACACCACAAAUAUCAGGCUAGUUCAAUUUUAUGUACAAAUUGGAAGCAAGGCUGUUGGUAACUCCUGCAACAGACCAAGAGCCAGGAAUGAAGGGCUUGUUGUUCAAUACACAAAUGACAAUGGGAUAACCUGGCAUUUGCUGCGAGAGCUGGACUUCAUGUCAUACCUGGAACCCCAGGUUGUCUCGAUAGACUUACCUCGGGAGGCCAAAACCCCAGCCACCGCUUUCCGCUGGUGGCAGCCGCAGCAUGGGAAGCAUUCAGCUCAGUGGGCUUUGGACGAUGUCCUUAUAGGGAUGAAUGACAGCUCUCAGACUGGCUUCCAGGAUAAAUUUGAUGGAACUGUGGAUUUACAAGCAAGCUGGUACAGAAUACAAGGAGGUCAAGUAGACAUCGACUGCCUGUCUAUGGAUACAGCUCUGAUGUUCAGUGAAAAUAUUGGAAAACCUCGCUAUGCCGAGACUUGGGACUUCCAUGUAUCAGCCUCCACUUUCUUGCAGUUUGAGCUGAGCAUGGGUUGCAGCAAGCCGUACAGCAAUUCUCAUAGUAUUCACUUGCAAUAUUCUUUAAAUAAUGGGAGAGACUGGCACCUGGUAACAGAGGAGUGCGUCCCUCCAACCAUUGGCUGUCAGCAGUACACUGAGAGCUCCAUCUACACUUCAGAAAGAUUCCAAAACUGGAAGAGAAUUACAGUCUACCUCCCACCCUCAACCAAUUCUCCCAGGACACGGUUCAGAUGGAUUCAGUACAACUAUGCUUCUGGUGUUGAUUCUUGGGCUAUUGACAAUGUGGUCCUGGCCACAGGUUGCCCCUGGAUGUGCUCAGGCCAUGGUAUCUGUGAUGCAGGUCAUUGUGUGUGUGACAGAGGCUUUGGUGGUCCGUACUGUGUCCCUGUCAUUCCUCUGCCGUCUGUCCUGAAGGAUGAUUUCAAUGGUAACUUGCAUCCAGACCUUUGGCCCGAAGUCUACGGUGCUGAGAGGGGAAACCUGAAUGGUGACACCAUCAAGUCUGGAACAGCUCUCAUUUUUAAAGGGGAAGGACUGAGAAUGCUUGUUUCAAGAGAUCUAGAUUGCACUAAUACUGUGUACAUCCAGUUUUCAUUUAAAUUUAUUGCCAAAGGCACCCCCGAGAGGUCUCAUUCUAUCCUGCUGCAAUAUUCUGUCAACGGUGGCAUCACUUGGCACCUGAUAGAUGAGUUUUACUUCACACAGACUACAGACGUCCUCUUUAUCAACGUUCCUCUGCCCUAUGCAGCCCAAAGCAAUGCAACACGGUUCAGGCUGUGGCAACCUUACAACAAUGGCAAAAAAGAAGAAAUUUGGAUUAUUGAUGACUUCAUUAUUGAUGGAAAUAACCUAAAGAAUCCCAUGAUCCUUUUGGAUACAUUUGACUUCGGUCCCAAAGAGGACAACUGGUUUUUCUAUCCUGGUGGAAACAUUGGGCUUUAUUGCCCAUAUUCAUCUAAAGGAGCUCCGGAAGAAGAUUCAGCUAUGGUAUUUGUUUCAAACGAAGUUGGAGAACACUCCAUUACAACAAGGGACCUGAGUGUAAACGAAAACACUAUAAUCCAAUUUGAGAUCAAUAUCGGCUGUACCACUGAUAGCUCCUCUGCUGACCCGGUAAAGCUGGAGUUCUCACGGGAUCUAGGGGCAACCUGGCACCUGCUGCUCCCCUUGUGCUACAGCAGCAGCAGUCACCUCAGCUCCCUGUGCUCCACUGAGCAUCACCCAAGUAGCACUUACUACGCAGGCACCACCCAGGGCUGGAGGAGGGAGGUCAUUCACUUCGGAAAACUGCACCUCUGUGGGUUGGCAAGAUUCAGAUGGUACCAAGGAUUUUACCCUGCUGGAUCCCAGCCAGUGACUUGGGCCAUUGACAACGUGUACAUCGGCCCACAGUGCGAGGAGAUGUGCAAUGGGCACGGCAGCUGUAUCAAUGGCACAAAGUGCAUCUGUGAUCCUGGGUACUCUGGGCCAACCUGCAAAAUAAGUACCAAGAACUCUGACUUUCUUAAGGAUGAUUUUGAAGGUCAGCUGGAGUCAGAUAGAUUCCUGCUUGUGAGUGGUGGGAAGCCAUCAAGGAAAUGUGGUAUCAUGUCUGGAGGAAACAACCUUUUCUUUAAUGAAGAAGGACUACGUAUGCUGAUGACUCGAGACCUAGAUUUGUCACAAGCCAGAUUUGUGCAGUUUUUCAUGAGACUGGGAUGUGGCAAAGGGGUGCCGGACCCCAGGAGCCAGCCUGUGCUGCUGCAGUAUUCACUCAACGGGGGCCUCACAUGGAGCCUUCUCCAGGAGUUCCUCUUCAGUAACUCCAGCAACGUGGGACGAUACAUUGCCCUGGAAAUUCCCUUGAAGGCCCGUUCCAGCUCCACCCGGCUCCGCUGGUGGCAACCAUCUGAGAAUGGACAUUUCUAUAGUCCCUGGGUAAUCGACCAGAUUCUUAUUGGAGGAAACAUCUCUGGCAAUACAGUAUUAGAAGAUGAUUUCACCACACUGGAUAGUAGAAAGUGGCUGCUACAUCCUGGUGGAACAAAGAUGCCAGUCUGUGGCUCUACUGGAGAUGCUCUAGUGUUCAUUGAGAAAGCCAGCACCCGCUAUGUUGUCACCACUGACAUCGUUGUCAACGAAGACUCUUUCUUGCAACUAGAUUUCGCAGCAUCCUGCUCUGUCACGGACUCCUGUUAUGCUAUUGAACUGGAAUAUUCAGUGGACCUUGGGCUGACCUGGCACCCGAUUUUGAGAGACUGUCUUCCCACUAACGUGGAAUGCAACAAGUACCAUCUCCAGAGGAUUCUCAUUUCGGACACUUUCAACAAGUGGACCCGGGUUACUUUGCCUCUGCCUCCCUAUACUAGGUCUCAAGCAACUCGUUUCCGCUGGCACCAGCCUGCACCUUUCGAUAAGCAGCAAACGUGGGCAAUCGAUAACGUCUACAUUGGGGAUGGCUGCAUAGACAUGUGCAGUGGCCAUGGGAAGUGCACACAAGACAACUGUGUCUGCGAUGAGCACUGGGGUGGGCUGUACUGCGACGAGCCAGAGACCCCCCUUCCAACACAACUGAAAGAUAACUUCAACCGCUCGCCAUCGAACCAGAACUGGCUGACGGUGAACGGGGGCAAACUGAGCACGGUCUGCGGGGCAGUUGCCUCUGGGAUGGCUCUUCACUUCAGCGGGGGCUGCAGCCGUAUGUUAGUUACAGUGGACUUGAACCUCACCAGUGCAGAAUUCAUCCAGUUUUAUUUCAUGUAUGGGUGUCUGAUAACUCCUAAUAACCGCAACCAGGGAGUGCUGCUGGAGUAUUCUGUGAACGGUGGAAUCACCUGGAGCCUCUUAAUGGAAAUUUUCUAUGAUCAAUUCAGCAAGCCUGGCUUUGUGAACAUCCUCCUUCCCUAUGAUGCCAAAACCAUUGGGACGCGCUUCCGCUGGUGGCAGCCUAAACACGAUGGCCUGGACCAGAACGACUGGGCUAUCGAUAACGUGUUGAUCUCCGGCUCAGCUGACCAGAGGACGGUGAUGCUCGACACCUUCAGCAGCGCUCCCCUGCCACAACAUGAGCGCACCCCUGCCGACGCAGGGCCCACCGGGAGGAUCGCCUUUGACAUGUUCAUGGAAGACAAAACUACAGUGAACGAACACUGGUUAUUCCAUGAUGAUUGCUCAAUUGAGAGGUUUUGUGAUUCUCCUGAUGGUGUCAUGAUCUGUGGGAGCCAUGACGGCAGAGAGGUCUACGCAGUCACCCACGACCUGACUCCUACAGAAGGCUGGAUUAUGCAGUUCAAGGUUUCUGUUGGAUGCAAAACCUCAGAAAAACUUGCACAAAAUCAGGUCCACGUGCAGUAUUCCACUGACUUUGGCGUUAGCUGGAGUUACUUAGUACCUCAGUGUUUACCAGCUGACCCAAAAUGUUCUGGGAGUGUUUCACAGCCAUCUGUCUUCUUUCCUACAAAAGGAUGGAAAAGAGUAACUUACUCACUGCCUGAAAACCUUGUGGGCAAUCCCGUGAGAUUUCGGUUCUACCAGAAAUAUUCAGAUAUGCAGUGGGCCAUCGACAAUUUCUAUCUGGGCCCUGGUUGUCUAGAAAACUGUAGAGGCCAUGGAGACUGCCUGAAUGAGCAAUGUAUCUGUGAUCCUGGCUAUUCGGGGCCAAACUGCUAUCUGACCCAAACACUGAAG